AACCUUUCAGACCAAAACACAACUUGCAACGCUAAGGUUCUAUCCUAGAAACCAACAACAGAAUGAACUUCUCGCUUCUUGUCCUGCUGUGUGCCGCUGCAACCUCCGCAUUCCCAGUUAGCGAGAAAGAUGGCAUUGAUGAAAAAUACGAAGAGCUUGCUCAGAAAUACUUAGAAGACUUUUAUGAUCUGAAGAUGGGGAGUGGCCCAGUGUCUAGAAAGAAGUCCCUCAGUCCUUUCUCUGAAAAACUCCAGCAAAUGCAGAAGUUUUUUGGCCUGAAGGUAACAGGAAAACUGAACGAGGAAACUGUAGAAAUGAUGCAGAAGCCCCGCUGUGGUGUGCAAGAUAUCGGUGCUUAUGCCACAGUCCAGAAAGAUAUUGCAUGGAAGAAAAAGAAUUUGACAUACAGGAUUUUAAACUUCACUCCUGACAUGAGCCAGGUGGAUACGGAGAAGGCCAUCCAAAAAGCUUUUAAAGUUUGGAGUGAUGUGACACCUUUAAAAUUCAAAAGAAUCUACGAUAAAGAAUCAGAUAUUGAAGUCUCAUUUGCAAGAGGAGAUCAUCAUGAUAAUUCCCCUUUUGAUGGACCAGAUGGACUCUUAGCUCAUGCCUUUCAGCCCGGCGCUGGCAUUGGUGGAGAUGCCCAUUUUGAUGAUGAUGAGCUAUUCACAAAAAACAAUCGACCCUACAAUUUGUUCCUUGUGGCUGCUCAUGAAUUUGGACAUUCUCUUGGGCUUUCUCAUUCUAAUGACCCUGGUGCCCUGAUGUAUCCAACGUACUCAUACACUCACCCAAAUGAAUUCCAACUUCCUCAAGAUGAUAUCAAUGCCAUACAGUAUCUCUAUGGAAAAUCAACAAAUCCCAAUGCACCAACUGGACCAUCUACUCCUAGAGUUUGCGAUCCCAACAUUGUUUAUGACGCUGUGACUACUCUGAGAGGAGAGAUGUUUUUCUUUGAAGAAAGAUUUGUGAUGCGCAAACGACGUGAGGAUCCCGAAGCUGAACUUCUCUUUAUACAAACUUUGUGGCCCUUUUUGCCAACUAAUAUCAAUUCUGCCUAUGAAAAUCCUUACACAGAAGACGUCCUGGUUUUCAAAGGAACCAAGUACUGGGCUUUCAGUGGUUUUGAUAUGAUAAAAGGAUACCCAAAGAACAUCCGUACCUUCGGCUUUCCAACUAAUGUGAAAUCAAUUGAUGCUGCUGUUCAUGUUGAGAGUCUGGAGAGAACAUAUUUCUUUGUAGGCGAUAAAUAUUGGAGUUAUAAUGAAGACACCAAGAGAAUGGAUCAGGAUUCUCCUAAAUUAGUUGAAGUUGAGUUUCCAGGCAUUAGUGGAACAAUUAAUGCUGCUCUUUAUUAUCGAGACCGCCUGUAUAUCUUCGUUGGCAAUACACAAUACGAAUAUGACAUUCCAACUAAAAGGAUCACACGAGUAAUGAAGAGCAACAGCUGGCUUGGGUGUUAAAUGGAAAAAAAAAAAUUAUAUUGCAAGAAUUUUUGCCUCGUCCACCAAAAAAAUGAAAUCCAAUUUUUUGUGAGGCUAAAUACAAUGUAGCGGAAGAUAUGUUGAGGUUAUAAAAGAGCACUUAACUGAAUUUUUGCAGACAUUCCAUGCACAUACGUAUAAUACGUAUAAUUCGUAUAAUGUUUGUUAUGAGAUAAACACCAAGGAAUGAUCUACAUCUUGGGAGCUAUCCAAAUUCUCUUGUGCAAAUUCUCUCGUGGAAACAAAAUUUCAAGAUGUAGUCAGCAUAGAAGACCCUAGUAGACACAUGCUUGUAGGCAGCUGUCUAAUCUGUCUGCCGGCAAACCUAUCCCUGCAUGUUAUACAUAACAAACGCUAGCAUAAAAGCGUGCUAUACAUAACAAACAAGUUAUAAAACACAACUCUGCGGCAAUUUUUGCAGAUAUAUAUUUACCUGUAGUUUUUGCAAAAUACAUUUUUCUUAUAUCCCUAUCCAAUAGCUGAUUAAUUGAUUAUUAUUAAGUGAGAAUUGAGUGACAGCUAUCCAUGUUCCUCAUGUUAAACGGCAGCUAUUUAACAAGUGUUUUCUGUAAUUAUAAUGACAAUCAAUGUUUUAUAGAAAAAUAAUAUCAAAUAACUGUGCACACCUUUGUAUCACUGUUUUGAUGUCAGCAAUUUUUUUUAAUGUAAAAUUGUGAUUUUUGUUUUAAUGUCAUGUUUUGCGUCAUGUAUUAAUAGUAAUUGCACCAGUUGCCUGUUCUGAUUCUUCUGUACUAAUUUUCUAAGUUUAAUUAAUUGUAUAUAAUAUAUUAUCUGGAGACUGCA